AUGGCGGACCGCUACUCCUUCUCCCUGACUACGUUCUCGCCCAGUGGAAAGCUGGUGCAGAUUGAAUAUGCUCUAAAUGCGGUCAACCAGGGUGUCACGGCCCUGGGCAUCAAAGCCACCAAUGGAAUUGUCCUCGCCACCGAAAAGAAAUCCUCCUCGCCGCUCAUCGACCCUCCCUCGCUCUCCAAGAUCUCCCUGAUCACUCCGGACAUCGGCAUGGUCUACGCCGGCAUGGGCCCCGAUUACCGCGUGCUGGUCGACAAGGCCCGCAAGGUCUCGCACACGGGCUACAAGCGCAUCUACAACGAAUACCCGCCGACGCGGAUACUGGUGCAGGACGUUGCCCGGGUGGUGCAGGAGGCCACGCAGUCCGGUGGUGUGCGGCCAUACGGUGUUAGUCUGUUGGUCGCGGGCUGGGAUGAGGGUAUUGAGCCCGAGGCGGCCGAUAUGAAGAAGGACUCGGACUCGCCUGCUAAAUCUGCCGGCAAGACUGGUGGAAUCCUUAAGGGCGGUCCCAGUCUGUACCAGGUUGAUCCUAGCGGUAGCUAUUACCCGUGGAAGGCGACGGCCAUUGGCAAGCAUGCGACGAGCGCCAAGACUUUCUUGGAGAAGCGGUACACUGAGGGGUUGGAGCUGGAGGAUGCGAUCCACAUUGCGCUGUUGACGCUCAAGGAGACUAUUGAGGGUGAGAUGAACGGGGACACAAUAGAGAUUGGUAUUGUGGGCCCACCUGCGGAUCACCUGUUGGGCUACGAGGGUGUGGAGGGUGCUCAAGGCCCGCGGUUCAGGAAGUUGACCAAGGAGCAGAUCGAGGACUACCUGACCAACCUAUGA